GAUCUUAUCUGCUACAUACGUUCUCUAUUCAAUAGCUGCGUAAAAUGUCCAGCCGCUAUGCUCCAAUGAAUCUCUUUGGUGACAACGGAUUGAGGGCUGAUUUGCCUAUAGGCUUGAUUAACGUCGCAGACACGCAGGAAAUUCCAAACUCCCAGGAAAUAUUCGUGUACCGUGACUCUGGUGCAAGCAUUAUCAUUGACAUCCUGCAGAAAGUCAAUGUCGAAGAUCCGGAAGCGGCCGCGAAAUUCCAUCUAGAUGCCAUAGCAGAGGAUAAUAACGCAACGGAACAUCAUUAUAUCCUUGUGCAAAGACCCACUACCAGUGAACUUUCUCCCAUCAUGCUUGACGGACAGCAGGUUCUAAAGAAGGCGGGGUCAAUUCACCACCUUCGCACCCUAUUUGCUCUUUUCCGCGUGAAAGGAAAGAACCACGACGUCGUCGUCUCGUUCAACAUUCCAGCUGAAACAGGGCAGGGGCCUGGAAAAAAUGGAGCCGUCACAGCGGAACAGGAUCAACUCAUCGCAUCGGAUUUCUAUAGAGCAGUAGAUUCCUUGAGAAUCGUCGAUUACAACCUUUUUGCAGUCUAGAGUAUUAUUCCUACAUAACGAGUAUUUCAACCAACUUUCUCGGGACCGAUCUCCAGAUCUAGGCCAAUACCUGGGGCUUGAUCUCUCAUGAGUUUUAUGAAUGUGUUCUCAAAAACUCAA